AUGGACGACCAAGCGUUCUUGAAUACACUGCAAAGUUGUCUAGAUGCCGAUAAUUUUAAACGACAGGCAGCUGAAGUAAGAAAAAUAGUUCAGAAGUUUAACGACGAUGAAUAUCAAAAAAUUCCCGAUGAACAAAAAACGAUAUUGUUAAUGAGUGCAUUGUGUAAUGUACAAUUGAGUUCACCAAUUCGUGCAUUUGCUGCUGUGAUGUUGAGACGUCUAUUUUCCACAAAUUUUGAAGCAUUUUGGCCGAAGUUUAGUCAAGAGCAACAGGGAGCAUUGAAAAAAGAGUUAUUGUUAAGAAUCAGCCAUAUUGAUGAUGACGAAACCAUUAGGAAAAAGAUCUGCAAUAUUGUGGCAGAAUUAGCAAAGAAUUUAAUGGAGAAUGUGUUACUGAGAAAUCAUGCAAUCCAUCGAAAAGAGCAUGUCUUUAUGUUUGAUUUUUGUAAUAUAGAUGAUAACGACACAAAUCAAUGGCCAGAAGUUUUACAGUUUUUGUUUGAAAGCGCUAAUUCCAACCAUAAUUCAUUAAAAGAAUCAGCAUUGGUUAUAUUUGAAUCAUUCCCCGGUAUAUUUGGUAGUCAAGCUGAACAAUUAACAACACUUAUUCACCAAAUAUUUCUGAGUUGUUUGAAUAAUCCUGAUGUGAAAGUUCGUUAUACAGCCGCGACAGCUUUAGCAGCUUUUCUCAAACAUAAUAACGAAGAUAAUCGAAUAUUAACUGUCUAUAGAGACUGUUUAUCAUGUUUAAUAUCGACUGUUACUCAUAGUUUACAAAAUUCAGAUGAGGAUACUGUCUUGAAAGCUUUAAUCGAUAUAGCAGAAAACUCGCCCAAAUUUUUAAGACCAUCCAUUGAUGAAAUAUUUGAAUUAUGUCUUCAGUCCAUGCAAAAUGAAAAUUUCGAAGAAACACGCCGUCACUUAUCAUUAGAAGUACUUGUUACAUUAUCAGAAACAGCCAGUGGAAUGGUACGAAAAGUAGCGAGAAAAUUUAUGAACCGUUUAGUUCCACAAUUAUUAGAAAUGAUGGUUGAUUUAGAUGAUGAUAAAGAAUGGUCAACCAAAGACACGAUUGAAGACGAGGAAGAUGAUAGUAAUGCUGUAAUUGGUGAAAGUUCGUUAGAUCGACUUGCAUGUGCUCUGGGUGGAAAAACUAUGUUACAAUAUAUUCUUUCUGCUGUACAAACAAUGUUACAAAAUCCUGAUUGGCGUUAUCGUCAUGCCGGCUUGAUGGCUUUGUCAGCAACGGGUGAAGGUUGUCAUCGUGAAAUGUCAAAUAUAUUAGAUGAAUUAGUUAGUGGAAUAUUGGUGUUUUUAAAAGAUUCACAUCCUCGUGUUCGUUACGCAGCAUGUAAUGCAUUGGGUCAGAUGUCCACAGAUUUUCAAGGAAUCUUCCAGAAAAAAUUUCAUUCAGUGGUUAUACCCGGUCUAUUAUCAAUCUUAGAUGAUCAUGAUAAUCCUCGUACACAAGCACAUGGCGGAGCUGCUUUAGUGAAUUUUGCCGAAGAUUGUCCACAACGUCUGUUAGUUGAACAUUUGCCAAUGAUUAUCGAUAAAUUAGAUCAAGUAUUAUUGAGAAAAUAUCAAGAGUUAUGCACACAAAAUCGAAAAUUAGUGCUUGAACAAAUUGUAACAACAUUAGCUGCUAUUGCCGAUACUGUUGCACAAGAUUUUUCGCCUUAUUACGAUAGAUUUAUGCCUCAAUUAAAGUAUUUGUUUAAAAAUGCUAUAGCACCCGACUAUCGUAUGUUAAGAGGCAAAACAAUGGAAUGUAUUAGUCUGAUUGGUUUGGCUGUUGGAAAAGAAAAGUUCAUUAAUGAUUGUUAUGAAAUAAUGCAAGAUUUAGUUAAAACGCAAGUUGAUUUCGAAAAUUUAGGCAAUGAUGAUCCACAAAUAGCCUAUUUGAUAGGUGCCUGGACGAGAAUAUGUAAAAUAUUGGGAAAAGAUUUUGAACAAUAUUUACCAAUUGUUAUGGGACCAGUAUUGAAAGCAGCUGCAUUCAAACCAGAAGUGACCGUAUUAGCUGAUGGUGAAACUGAUGUUGAAGAAGAUGAUAAUUGGGAAGUGCUCAAUGUUGGUGAUCAGGCAUUUGGCAUAAAAACAAGUGGUUUAGAAGAAAAAUCAAGCGCAUGUAGUAUGUUGGUUUGUUAUGCACGAGAAUUAAAAGAAGGUUUUGUUAAUUAUGUGGAAGAAACGACAAGAUUAAUGGUACCGUUAUUGAGAUUCUACUUUCACGAAGGUGUUCGUGCUGCAGCUGCUGAAGCAUUGCCUCAUCUAUUAGAAUGUGCGAAAUUACGUGGUGAUGAUUAUGUGAGACAGAUGUGGCAGUAUAUGAAUAAAGAAUUAUUUAAAGCAAUCGAAAUUGAACCUGAUCAUGAAGUAUUGGGGGAAUUAUUUUCGUCUCUGGGAAAAUGUGUUGAAACGUUGGGUGUAUCGUGUUUAACAGGUGAUGAAUUAAAAGAAUUGACGACAAUUCUUGAUCAACAUUUGAAAAAACAUUUUGAACGGUGUGAUGAAAGACAAGAAAAACGACGAGAUGAAGAUUUUGAUGAAGAAGUUGAAGAAGAACUGUUAGAAGAAGAUGAUUUUGAUGCUUACAUACUAAAUCGUCUCUCAGACAUAAUUCAUUCGUUGUUAGUCACUUAUUCCGAGUCUUAUUUGGUCUACUUUGAAACGUUAGUUCCACACUUCUAUCAGUUAUUACAAGCACAACGAAGUGUAUCUGAUCGACAAUGGUCUCUUUGUGUUUGGGAUGAUGUUAUUCAGUAUACCGGUCAAGCAUCGUUUCGUUAUCAACAAUACUUUCUACAAAGAAUGGCCGAUUCUGUACAAGAUGCAUCACCAGAAAUCCGUCAAGCUGCUAGUUAUGGUUUUGGUGUGAUGGGUAUGAACGGUGGCCCAGUAUAUGCACGUGCUUGUGCUGAUAUUUUACCCCGAUUGUUUCAAAUGAUUGAUCAACCCGAUAGUCGAUCAACCGAAAAUAAUACAGCCACAGAAAAUGCCAUUGCAGCUGUUUCAAAAAUUUUCAAAUAUAAUAAUUCCCAAAUUGAAAAUUUCAAUAAACUAUUACAAGUUUGGUUUAGUUGGUUACCAAUUCAUGAAGAUACUGAAGAAACUCCUCAUGUAUAUGGCUAUUUAUGUGAUCUAAUUGAAUCAAAUAAUCCUGUUAUUGUUGGUGCUGAAAAUUGUAAUGUACCAGCUGUGAUUCGAUUAUUUGCUGAUAGCUUUUCAAAAUCAUCCAUUGAAGUUAAUUCAAUUGUUGGACAAAGAAUGGUACUUAUUUUAAAACAUGUACAAACUAUUCCCACAAUAUUCCAGACAUGCAUGGCAAUAUUAUCUAUUGAAGAACGUAAUGCAUUAGCCGCUGCUUUAUCUGCUACCGCAACACCAGCUCAAACUCAUUCAAAUUCAACAUUAACAUCUUCUGUCGGUGUUAUGCCAACGCAUAAUGGUCGUGGAGAACAUGUACCAGUUAUUAUGAAUAAUCAUCAUGCUAGUCUUUGA